AUGGUAGGAAUAGGUUUGAACAAGGGUAAAGUUUUCUCGGAUUUUGACUGUUUCAAAAACGAAGAAUGGUUACAUCGCAGAAAACUCAGAAUUGAACAGGUUCGAAAACAAAGCAAAAACAUUGCUAGGGUAUUAAGACAGAAGGUUGAAAAUGAGGGAAAAAUACAAUCUAAAGAAUUGGAAAAAAUUGAAGAUAUCAAAUUUAAAUGCUGGAAAGCAGAAAAAUUAGAUGAGAUGGAAAGAAAAUUAAGAUAUGCUUUAGAGGAAUUCGGUUUGGGGCAUAAACUUUCUGAGCUAGAACCUUGCCCAGAAGAAAUCAUCAAAGUUGAAAGUAAUAUCAAUUACUGGAAAGCUCAGGAAAGGGGUAAACUUGCCAAUUUAGAACAAAAUAAUAAGAUUAAAGCUCAAAACUGGGAAAAAAAUUUUUAUAUUGAAACAAAAAAAAGAACAAGAAAAUUUGAGGAUUUGAGAUCUGCUCUUGUUUGCUCCGUUUCUAACAAAAAGCAUUUAUUACAACAGAGUAAUAUUCCUGAAAUACCUUCUGCCUUCGACAUUAAAAGGAAAACAGAGAAGCAUGUAACUAUUGUGAAAAAAAAAAUUAGACCAGCUCACCCAAGUUCAUCAAAAGUAAUCAUUAAAAAGGUAAACUCGAAAAAAAAAAAGAAACAAAAUUUAAAAAAUGUAAAUGUUUCUCAUCAGGAUAAAAAUAACAAAAACCUUCCUGAAAAGAAUUCUUCAAGAGCCUCAGUGGAAACCAUAUGGAUUAACUUAAACGAUGUGCAUGACUCUUCUCAAACUUGUAGUAAGAAUUUAAAAAAAGGUAGCACAUCAAAUGAAAAUUUUGUUUUACCCAGCAAAACUAAUUCAGAAGUUGAAUUUUACAAUUAUCAUUCAAGGUACCCUGGGAAAUUAUACAGAGAAGUACCUAACUUGAUUGAAAAAAUUGAAAAAGAACCUGAAAUUGAACAAAAUAGUAUAAUAGAAAUUACAACUGGUGUAGAAAAAUCAGAAUUGGAAAAAAGACAAAAAGCAAUGAUUGCUUCUGAAAAAAGGGGAAACGAGGCAUUUAAAAAAGAAAAAACUCAACGAAGUUAUAAUAACUUAAUUUUAAAACUUGAUGAAUUAAGUAAAAAAGAAAAGUUGAUAAAGGCUGAAAGUCAAAUUUUGAAUACUUCCAUGUAUAUGAACGAUGAUAGAUUAUUUGAAAAAGCAAAAAUUAAACAGCGUAUCAUGAAUUCUAAAUUCGAAGGAAUUUUUUACGGGGAAAAAUUUAAAAGUUUAAAAAUGGAUUCGAAAAAAACAAAAAGUGAAUCUUUCUCUGAGGUUUUAGAAAACAACAGGGACCUCGUUGGUGACAAUGCACCAUUUCCCGCAAUUUCUCCUAAUGAUUUAAGAAAGGAAACUAAACAUUUUGUUUCGGAAAAUUCGCAAUCAAAUACAACAGAAGAAAGAACAUAUGAGGGUUCAUUUAAAACGACGCUCAAAGGUAGAGAGUUGAGAGAAUCCAUCAGUCACAAUAUGGUGCAAUCUUCUAAAACAAAUUCCAAUAGCAAUGAUAGUGAUAAUAAAUAUUACGGAAAAAAAAAUUUCAAUUGUGUUCAGUCUGACUUGUCAAAUAAUAUCAAUCGUUUAAUUGCUAAGAAAAGCGUUUGCCAUCGUGAAUCGCAAACGGAAAAUUUUCAGGAUGCAUCAACAGAAGACAAAACACAAGUUGAAAGUGAAAUUUCUUGUCAAAGAAGUGAUUCAUCAUCUUACAGCAUGUCAACAUCUUAUAAAAGUCCUCCUAGCGAAAUACAUUGUAAUACUUUUCAUCAUUUAUUACAUUGCUUAGAAAAUUCUAAAGAAAAUUUCCGCUCAAGAGGCUCAAAUAAAUGUUUAAAAGAGAAAAAUGAAGGUUUGAAAAAUCUUCCACGGAAUAUUUCAUCAUCAUCACAAAAAGAGAAUAUUAAACCUUUUUCCAAAUGUGAUUCUAAUCCUACAUUAAAAUAUUACAUAUCAAAGUUGCUGAAUAUGAGUCGAGAGCACGUGGCGAGUUUAAAUAUAUCGUCUGAUAAUCAUUCGGUAUCCAACGGAACAAGUUUAGAUAUUCAACAAGUUACGAGGGGGGAGAAAGAGCCGGAAAAAUCACCGGAAAUAAAUAAAUUUGUAAAACCUGAAAGCACGAAUUCCGAAUCGGAUAUUGACGAAGGUUGUACCUUUGUUUAUUUGGGUUUCUCCGUUAUAAAAAUUUAUAAAGCAAAAGAGGUACUUAAAAUUAAAAACAUGGCGUUUCCAUUUUUUUUAGAUGAAAGUUUUCAAGCAUUAAAAAUUGAAGAAAAUAAUGAAAAUUUUAUUGACUCGUCUAAUAAUUGUAUGAAAGGAAGAAAAAAAUUUGAUUUCGAAGGAAAAACUGAAAAAUGUACGGAAAAAAUAAAAGAAUUAUCAAAUUUAUUAAAUCAAUUGCGACAAGAUAAAAAAUCAUUUUUUCAAAACACCAUAAUUAACUUUAAAAAUAUUGACGACAGUAAUGGAAUAGAUAAAUAUGAAAAUAGAUUUGACACGUCACAAUUUUCUGAAAAUUCAUCAUUAUUAUCUGUUCCUUUUACUGAUUUUUCUUCUUCAGAAUUAUAUCCGGACGUAAUGGAUGAAUUAAUAAAAAGAGACAUACUUAGUUCACCAUUUAAAUGGUCUAAUUAA